AUGUACAUAGACAUCUUUGACCAACUAUAUAUUUCAUAUUCGGCUGUUUUUGCGAGUCUCGGAAUUUUUCUCAACUUAUUUCUAAUAUUUCUAAUAUUAUUCAAAAGUCCAUCAUGUCUAACUCCCUACACGGUGUUUUUGGCAAACACAUCUGUCACUCAAUUAUUCUAUUCAAUCUGUUAUCUUUUGACAAUUCCAAGAGUUUUGACAAUAAAAUUAAGAGUUGUUGUAAUUUAUUUGGGAAUAUCACAAUUUUUCGGGCAUUGGUGGAGUUAUAUGAUUUUUGUGACAAUGUGUAAGUUGCGAGUUCUUGAUAUUUUCUCAAUAAGAAAUUAUUUCAGUGCACUUUGUUGUCAAUUCAUUUUUAUCAAUUAUGUUGUCAAUGAUAUUUCGAUGUAUUUCUCUGCAAACACUAAGAUUUCCAACAUCUGCGGCUAUUUUGAUGUGUAGCCUGGCUUAUUUAAUUCCACUCAGUAUGGUUAUAAGUAGCCGAGAUAUGGAAUUCACUUCAAAUUUCACAAUCAAUCAAGUUUACACCCUUUGGCAAAUCGAUAAUCUUGACAAAUAUAAUACAGUUGUUGGUGCUGAUGUAUCUCAAAAAUCAACACUAUGGAUCUCAUUCUGUGUAUCAGUUCUUUUUACACCAAUUUAUAUUGUGAUGUAUUAUUGCCGAUCAAGAAUUUUGAAAAUGCUUGAAAGACCGGGUUAUCUUUUCAACACAUCGACAACUUUACAAAUAAGAAAACUAGUAAAAGUAUGAGAGUACACAGAUCUGAUAAAUAAAUGUUAUUCGUUUUGCAGGCAUUGACAGUUCAAUCAAUAAUUCCUUCUGUAACACUAUUUCCAGCGUCGAUUAUUUUUGUUUGCACACAGUUUCAUGUUAUUGAAACUUGUAAAUUUGGCUAUAUCAUCAUCUCAUUAAUAAGUUUGAGUAAGUUAAUUUCCGAAAGUUUUUUUCUAAGCUCGAACAGUUUCAGGUUCGACUAUUGAUCCAUUAGUAACAAUUUACUAUGUUCAACCAUAUCGAAAAUAUAUAAUAGAUCUACUUUCGGACCCUCGUCCUGCAUUUUCUGAUCGUUCACAUUCAUAUCGUUCUCGAUCUAAUAGUACACUUAUGAUGAGGAAUGCUGCUUUCGUAUGA